CAAAAACCAAAACCAAAACCAACACUACUACUGCCCACUCAUCAUCUUUUUGGGUCAACCCUUUUCAAUAUAAUUGAUUUCAUUCCAUUACUAUCCAGCUACAUAAGACGACAUUAUAUUUUUCUGGGUUUGGGUGGAAGAAAUAGUAUAAUUGAUUCCACUGCUUCCGUGACUGAUUUUCCUUCUAUUUCGCUCCUAUUUCUUACCCUUUAUAUAUUAUAUAUGUAUAUAUUCCCCCCAUAUAAACGUUUCUCUCGUUUUCUCUUGAUGAGUUUUUUUUAAUUAAUUAACAAAAAAUUUAUUUGAAAACACUACUUCUACUCUGGAUCAAUUUCUUCUCUUCUUUCCCCAGAAGAAUCUCUCUACCAUUCUUUUUCUGAGCUAGCUCUCUGCCAAGUAUCAAAGCCAAAUUAAGCGAUGUUUUCUCCUUAUUGCUGGUAAUUAUAAGGAGGAGAAUUCCAACCUUUCGAGAAUGCGUAACUCAGAGAAGAGAGCCAUGGAUACCAAUGUGAUUUACGAGCCUUAUAUUGAUCCAGACUAUGAAUUUCUCGAUGAAAGAAUGUACCCUCCAAGGGUUUGUAUAGACAAUGAUACAUGUGAAUAUUCCACGCUUAUAAAGGUUGACAGUGCAAACAAAGAUGGGAUUUUGCUGGAGAUGGUCCAAGUUUUGACAGAUCUAGAUCUUGUUAUUUCUAAAUCAUACAUUUCAUCGGACGGUGGAUGGUUCAUGGACGUGUUCCAUGUGACAGACCAGCGUGGGAACAAACUUACUGACGAAAGCCUCAUACAUUAUAUUCAAGAGGCAAUUUGUGCAACUAGGAGGGGUGCUCCUACCCCUACUACGUAUACCACUAUUACAAGCCUUGGAAGAGUAGUGAGGCCACUUCAAAUGGACACAGCUCUAGAGAUGACCGGGACGGACCGACCUGGCCUGAUGUCCGAGAUAUUGACAGCUCUUCUCGAACGGGGCUGCAGCAUUACUGAUACAGUGGCUUGGACCCACAAUACCAGAGUGGCCUGUAUUGUCCACGUAGAAAAUGGGCCUGGAGGUGGGCCCAUCACGGACCCAAUACAGCAGGCCCAGGUACGAGACUUUCUACAGAGCGUGGUGGAGGCCCAUCAUGUGAAGGGAGAGAAGAGAAGUGUGAGGUUCACUACCAUCCCCGCGGUGGGGAGAACCCACACUGAGCGGAGACUCCACCAGUUAAUGUACGCCGACGGAGACUACGAGCGGUGCAGCGGGUGUGACGGUGGUGGGACUGGGACCUAUAAGAAUAGUGGGUGUGACCGCGCGCAUGUGAAUAUAGAGAAUUGUGAAGAGAAAGGGUAUUGGAUUCUCAACGUGAGGAGUAGAGACCGGCCAAAACUGCUGUUUGACACGGUUUGUGUUCUCACGGACUUGGGGUAUGUCGUUUUUCAUGCUGUGGUGGCUUCCAAGGGCUCCAUGGCUGAACAGGAGUACUUCAUACGACACGCCAGUGGACGUCGUUUGAAUGUUGAGAACGAGAGGAACAAGCUUGCCUUGUGUUUGAUAGCAGCAAUAGAGCGGAGAAUCUCACGUGGAUUGAGGCUGGACUUGUGCUCUCGAAACCGAUUUGGACUGCUUUCAUAUAUCACAAGGGUGUUCCGUGAAAGUGGGUUUUCUUUAUCAAGAAUGGAGGUGACAACACAGAACGACAGAGCAUUUGGGUCGUUUUACGUGACUGACGCUUCUGGCCAUGAUGUGAAUCUAAGCACGGUGGAUUUGGCGAUCAGAGAGAUUGGAGGAUCAAUCAUUUCUAUUUACAAAGCUUCCAGGAGUUCAACUCCAAUCCCUAGUAGUAGUACAAGCCUAAGAACUACAACGCACACCAGAGUUGAAAAUGUACCCAGGUUCUCAUUGGGCAGCUUGCUUUGGUCUCAGCUGGAGAGAGUUUCUUCCAGUUUCGGAGUCAUAAGGCUGUAGGGAGUCCUUAAAUAGAAAGCUAAUUUAGUUUGUGUCUUUGCAAAUAUCUGUUUAUAGUGAUCAGAGAAGUUAGUCCUUUGAAAUCUUGUACAGAUUAAUGAUUAGUCCAACUAAAGAAAAAUAAAGAGUUUGAAUGUGCUUAUACUGAAAA